AUGGGUCACUUGCUGGCUGCAAGAUCAAAUCAAAUCCUGGCCAUCGAUUUCACUCUGCUGGAACCCUCAAGGGAUGAAGCAGCAGAAGCAGCAAUGUUCUCCCGUUGGUUUUCUCUCCUUCUGGUUCUGCUGGCUCUUCAGUCCCACACAAAAGGCGACAGUGAGCUGACUCGCUUCUGUUUAAACAGGGAAACACAUGGAAAAAUGCACAGUGACCAGAAAUUGCAAGCCACAAGUUCUCCACCUCAACAGGAUUUCACAGAGAAACAACCACCCAAGGAAAUUCCAGCCACAAGUUCUACACCUCAAACGGAUUUCACAGAGAAACAACCACCCAAGGAAAUUCCAGCCACAAGUUCUACACCUCGACCGGAUUUCACAGAGAAACAACCACCCAAGGAAAUUCCAGGUAACCCAAUCAGCCUAAUAUUGGCCCAAGAGCAUGGGCCACAAGUUCUACACCUCAAACGGAUUUCACAGAGAAACAACCACCCAAGGAAAUUCCAGCCACAAGUUCUACACCUCAAACGGAUUUCACAGAGAAACAACCACCCAAGGAAAUUCCAGCCACAAGUUCUACACCUCGACCGGAUUUCACAGAGAAACAACCACCCAAGGAAAUUCCAGCAAGAAGUUCUCCACCUAAAAAGGAUGUCACAGAGAAACAACCACCCAAGGAAAUUCCAGCCACAAGUUCUACACCUCGACCGGAUUUCACAGAGAAACAACCACCCAAGGAAAUUCCAGCAAGAAGUUCUCCACCUAAAAAGGAUGUCAGAGAGAAACAACCACCCAAGGAAAUUCCAGCCACAAGUUCUACACCUCGACCGGAUUUCACAGAGAAACAACCACCCAAGGAAAUUCCAGCCACAAGUUCUACACCUCGACCGGAUUUCACAGAGAAACAACCACCCAAGGAAAUUCCAGCAAGAAGUUCUCCACCUAAAAAGGAUGUCAGAGAGAAACAACCACCCAAGGAAAUUCCAGUCACACCUUCUGCACCUAAACCGGAUUUCGGAGUGGAAGUUCCAGAGAAAGCUUAUAGAUGUGAAUUGUGAGACCACCUUCGCAGUUGAAGUGGCUGGUUGUCCUGUUAAAGAUGUGCCAACACAGCCCUGGCCUAUUGGAAGGAGUGACUGAUAUCAUAUAAUUAAAGAGCAACUUAAACUCAGCUGAGUUGUUAAAUUCUGUCUUCAUUAAUUAAUAGUGUGCGCCUUUUAUGUUUGUUAUUUUGUGUAUUGUAAUUGUAUCC